UGAGAACCGAUGUCAACAUAACAAAGUUGGACAGCGCCUGCAUGGUUACCACAUCCGGGACAUCUACGGCGUUCUUGGUUACCGUGUUGCAGUCAAAACAUUAGAAAAACUUGGUUGAAGAAAUGUGAAUCCUAAUUGAUUGGGUAAUGUAUUUUGGUGGAAAACAGUUACGUCAUUAAUAGACCGAAGAAAGUGUGUGUUUUUUUUAGGUAUAGCUUAUCCAAGAGCAUAAAGACUUCUUCCAGCAUCAGGAAGGCAGUCUAGUAAUAGCUAGUGAGCUAGCCUGUUUCGGGGAACCAGCUAAGGCACAUUGAUAUAAGCUAGUUAGCUACCACACCGAUAGGCAUACUUCUGCUGGAUAUUACUUUUCAUUUUUGUAUUCAGUUUGUACUUUUUAAGCUAUAUGUCUGUGGUUAGAGCCAUUUAUGUUAGAAUUUGUGUUCGUAUUUCUCUGCCUGUCUAUGCCAGCGUGUAGGUUAUUCUGUUUCCAUUUUAAUUCGUGUAUUAUUAGUAGUAGUAGUAGUAAUAGUCGUAGCGAUAGGUUUAUUAAAUGAUUGAUACUUUUGUUGUGUGUAUUUAAAAAAAAAAUGUUUAUAAUGUAUUGUAAGUCUCCAGUAAAUGGCAAGACGUCAACUACACGCAUACGCGUUCACUACAGUGUCUUAUAUUACCACACAAAGUAUUUUAAUUUCAAGAAUAUUUUUAAAUGCAUGUAUGUUUAUAUUACAGCACUUUUGCAUCAUCAGAUGGAUAUAUCUAGGGGAGGCUUGGAAAAUAUUUCCCGUCCAGCCUCCAGUGAGCGUACCCGUGUUGGAAGUCGUGUAUCAACAGCAUCUUUAGCCGAGGGUGGCAGAAUUAACCGUGCAAGUCCAACGUCCCUGGAAGUACUUAGUUCUGAUACCAUUGAAGAACAGGUCCUCACAAUGGUCCUUGAGGCUAAAAGCUUUGCAGAAAACAUUCCUGAGGAGGAUGGACCAAAUGAGCGCCUCCCUUCAGAUAAAGAGACGUCUCAGACGGAUGGUUCGGAUGACGAAAAUGAAGAUCCGGAGUUAAAGAAAGCUAUCAAGAAGAUGAAGAGACUGGACAAAAUCCUAUCUCAGUGGAUCUCCAAAGAAAAGGAAGUGAAAAAGAAAGGCAGAGGGCUCUACCAAAAACUAUGGCAGGAACUGGAGGAACAUACAGCAAGAGGUGGUAGCAAGGAUGCAAUUGAAAACACAAACUUGUUUUUGGCCCUGAUAUCUUCUACUUCCCAGGAAUCCAGUGAAGAGCUGGACAUUGUUCCCGUCUUCGGGACUCAAAUUCCUGAAAAAGACUAUGAAAAUAAUCCCAGUCAGGAACGUGUGGAAGGUGAGAGUAAAAAGAGUGACUCAGCAGGCCCAUCUGAAGUGGAUCAGGAGGAGGACGAAGAGGCCAAAUCAGACAGCAGACGGACGGAGGAUGCCAUGGGCAAGCAGACACAGGACUUUGUGAGGAAAAACAUCAAACUAGCGAGCUCAGGCCAGCACGUGCCCAUGACACUGGACGAGAAGCAGAGGCUCUCCGAGCUGCUCCAGGACAUCGAUGAUGAGAGUGAGGACAACUGCUCCGUUGCAGACUGCGAGGAGGAGACAUCUCUUUGCAGUGUAUCCACCCGACGGGGCGAGGGCUACACUCCGGAACCUUCUGAACUGGAUCAACUCGUCCAAAUUGAUGCCAGACUGCAGACUCUACUUCCUCACGAAGACUUCCUGUCUGUGCGAAGCCCCUAUCCUGACCACAACUUGCCUCAGGUCGUCGUGGUGCCGGCGGAGGCGGAGACAGAGGCAGAGGCAGAGGGCCAUCUGGGGGAGCAGGUCCUGCAGGACAUGAGGGAGAGGAGAGGGCAGGAGGCGCGCCUGCGAGAGAUCCAGCAGCAGCUGGGCACCAUGGAGCGCUGCCAGACUGAGAGCACCGGGGCGCCCCAGCUACCAGAGGAGCAGCUGCAGAGCCUGCUGCUGGAAUGCGAGUUAGCCCUGAGCAGAGCCCAGAAUCUGGGCACACGCCACCCCUCGCCCUGGGGCUCCUCAGCCUCAGAGAUGGAGGGCGACUGCUCUCCCCCGCUCCUCUGCACGCCCCGGCUCUCUAGCGCCGCCCUGUCGGAGCUGCUCAGGGAGUUUCGGGUGACCUCAGCCUUGGCCACCUCGCUGGACAGCGAUACACCCACAGAAGAGGGAGAGUGUGUCUGAGGGAGACCGGUAGAGACUGUGAUGUGCCUGUGAACGAGUGUUAUGUUUUAACUAGCUGUGGAGAGAAGAGAUGCAGGCAUUUAAAUACACCAAGAAACAAACAACAAUUGGCCAUGAAACUUACUUCAUACAGAUGCUAUUAUAAUAUUAUAAUAUUGUAAAUAUAAGCUUUCAAAAAUCGAAUUGACAUUUUGUGGACCAUCCAACAUUUUAAGCAUCCCCAUUUGAGCUGCUGUGCUCUGCAGACCUGCCACCUCCUGUGAAAACUAGUGUGAGGUCAGGUCAUAGAAUCCCUCUUCAGCUCCACAAAUAUUUACACACCUUACAAAUAUGGUAUCGGGAACUAUUAGCAACCGAUAGAGACAUUCCAGUGAAUUCAUCUUCAGGCACAGGGUGAUAAGAUCCAGGGGUCUAGAUGAACCAGUUAGCUGGCUGUUGCAGCAGGGAGUCAGGCGUUGAGGUUACAGAUUACAAAUAGAACAUUCCACAAGUUCCCUUUCCCAAAACGCAUGGCUGAAAUGGGCCAUAACUCAUUACAUUAUAUCUCAUUAAAGUUUUUGUGUAGUUUUUGUUACUCUGUGUUUUCUUUCCAAUGUGUCACCUUCAGAGUAGCUUAAAGAGGAUUUUGGUAAAAACUCAGAAAUUCUUUCUUUGACUUCUUUGUUCUCACAAGAUGCGUAGUGCGAGAUUAAAUCUUAGAUCUUUCAGGGCAAAUUCACACAAAAAAGAGCAAAAAGUAUUUCCAGCACCUCUUUAUAGUCUGGCUGUCUAAGCGGAGCUGCCGUCAGCUGACUCCGGCGCUUGAAAGGAAACAUUAAACCAUGACACACACGACGACUCGAGCAUUAUGUGGUGGGUGGUCCUCCCCAACAGUCUGAAGCCUUUUCUUAGGACAAUGGUUUAAAGGCUUUUUCCCUCCUCCGGACUGAAACCACAGUAGAUGUUUCUACCCUGCAUUAAAUCUGAUUUAGUAUGACCUCAGCCUUUUGCUUUUUUGUGUUACCCUAACCAUUUGUCUUGAUAAAGAAAGAUAACUUAAGGAAUGAGACAGGAAAUCAAAGGGCAUUAAAUUAUGCCCAAGAUUAUAGUCUGAGGUUCUCGUUAUGCUCCUAAUACUGUUUCCUUAGUAUACUCAGUCACACUUGUUACACUUGAAACAUAGUCCUGUUUGGUGAAUGAUUUCUAUGGAUUUGAAAAAGAUGUACAUUAAUUACAUUAAAGCAAAUAAGUUUUGAAAUAGGUUCAUGUCCAAGCAUUUUCCAUGACAUGUCUAGUGGGUGUCUAGAAAGAGUGUUGCUGUGUGGGCAGCAGUCUAUAUACUUCACUGCUGCAUUUGUGAGAAGCUGCUUCUGGUGUGGAGAUGCCUGACUGGUGAGUCAGUGUCGUCUAACUGCAGAUCUCACCAGCCAGCCUGAGGUGGAGUCCCACAGUCAUCCCCACUGCAGGGUGCAAGCCAAACAGCACUUGGUUCUUUUACUGUUGCAAGCCACAGUUGAAACACUACUUACAUACUCACUGUAGCAAG